AUGCACUACACUACAUUGAUCAAACACAGUUCAAGAAGUACCAUAACUAUUAAUAAUUAUGAGUUCAUUUUCUUUUUGUUUUUUUCCCCUCUUGUUGUAAUGAUUUCAGUAGUGUGUUUUGGUUGUGAAAGAGUACUCGCAGAAGCUAGUGUUGGAUUUGAUAACAACUAUAAAAUAACGUGGGGAAAUAACCAUGUUUCCACUCUUGAUGGAGGACAAACUAUCCAGCUCGCCAUGGACAAUUCCUCCGGAUCAGGUUUUGCAUCAAAGCUGAGUUACGGUUCUGGAUAUUUUCGUUUGAGGAUGAAAUUACCUAAUAAAAACUCAGCUGGAGUUGUUACAGCUUUUUAUCUGCGAUCACGUGGAAGGGCACAUGAUGAGCUUGAUUUCGAAUUCUUGGGUGAUAAAGAAGGGAAGCCCUACAGAGUUCAAACAAAUGUAUUUGCAAAUGGCGGAGGAAAUAGAGAGCAGCGGAUAACACUUUGGUUUGAUGCCACUUCUGCUUAUCAUAAUUACAAGAUCCUUUGGAACCCAUAUCAAGUUGUGUUUUUUGUAGACCAUACCCCCAUAAGAGUCUUCAGGAACAAAGCAUCUAUUGGAGUGAAUUACCCAACAAAGCCCAUGCAUAUAGAAGCAAGUCUAUGGAAUGGAGAUAGUUGGGCAACAGAUGGAGGUCAAACAAAGAUUGACUGGACUCAAGCACCAUUUGCGGCUUACUUCCAGAAAUUCAAUAUUGAUGGUUGUGCUAUUGGUCUUUCAUCAAAUCAAAAGGCACCCGAUGGGAAGAAUCCUGACUGUUAUUCUUCAAAGUUUUGGUGGAAUAAUAGAAGCAAGUAUUGGAGAUUAAGUUCUCAACAACAGAAGGCAUACAAAAAUGUGAAGAAAAAUCUCAUGUAUUAUGAUUAUUGUUCUGACCUUCCUAGGUUCCCUAAACUUCCCAAAGAGUGCCCCCAAUGACAGGAUUUUAAUAUGUACACUCAUUUAUUUGGUUUUAUUUUAAUUCCAUGUUAAUAUCUAGAAUUGAGUGUGCCCAUGAGCCCUUAAGGCCUUAACCAUCCCACUUGACUUUGGCCUGCAAUGUCCGAAACUGGGAAAAAGG